GCCAUUUUCUAAACAAAGCCCAUACGCCUAACCUUUCCUCUUCAUAAUAAUACCACCAGUAUUAUCGAACAAGCUACCUUAGCAGCUUUUGCUUUACAAUUUCUUAUUGCAUCAUUUUCUUGCUAAUUUCUUAGCUGUUUAAUAUUCUCUUUUCCAUCGAUUUUCUUUACUUCUCCUUUUCUUUUUGGUCUAUUGACUUCCAAGAAAAAAAAUAAGUAGCUAUGUCGGUGAGAGUGGUCGCGCGGAUACGUCCACUGCUGGAAAAAGAACUCGACAAGGACGUGAUUGUACAUCCAGCUAGUAACGACGAUGGCAAGACUAGCAAUGUCGUAAAGAUACCCAAUCCUAAGAAUGAAUCAGAGGAAUUCUCUUUCACCUUCAAUGGUGUCUACGAUCGAGAGACAACACAGGAAGAAUUAUUCGCAGCUGAAGUUUCUCCUCAUCUCAAGUCCCUCUUCCAAGGCCUCGACGUCACGAUAUUUGCAUAUGGUGUCACCGGAACUGGUAAGACACAUACAAUGCGUGGCGGAUUGAAGUUGGCCGAACGUGGUGUAAUCCCCCGACUCCUCAGCGGUGUAUUCCGUCGAGCCAAGAAAAUCACCAAAGACUCCGAUGGUGAGACGACCGUAGCCGUUGCCCUUUCGUACUACGAGAUCUACAACGAUAAAGUCUUCGACCUGCUCGAACCUCCUGAGAAACGGACACCGUCAGGUCUACCCCUACGUGCUGAAGCUAAUGGGAAGACUGUCGUUGCUGGUUUAUCUGAACGACCUUGCCAAGAUCUGAAAGACUUCGAACGAUUAUAUAUAGAGGCCAACAACAACCGAAUCACCGCUUCUACGAAGCUCAAUGCUCACAGUAGUAGAAGCCAUGCAAUCCUGCGUGUGAAGCUUACUCAGAUCACUGGAGACAUGGUCCGAGAAAGUACAGCUUCAGCGAUUGACUUGGCUGGUUCCGAAGAUAAUCGGCGAACCGAUAAUGGAAAGGAACGGUUGAUCGAAUCUGCUGCCAUCAACAAGAGCUUAUUUGUGCUCAGUCAGUGCAUUGAUGCUAUCUCGAGAGGGGAUCGUCGCAUUCCUUUCCGAGAAUCUAAGAUGACACGGAUUCUUUCGCUCGGCCAGAACAACGGCAUCACCAUUAUGAUUUUGAAUCUCGCACCGAUUCGAAGUUACCAUCUUGAUACCCUCAGCAGUUUGAAUGUAAGUUCGAGGGCUAAGCGAAUCGAAGUUCGUGAAAUCGAGAAUGAGGUCGUAUUCAAACAACCCCCACGUAACAACUCUAGUUCGAGCUCUGGCAUAACUCGUCAGCCUCUUCGGCCUCUUGCGAACGCACAUAAUAUCCACUCGGGUACAGUAGCAAAGGCAGCCGACAAACCUGCGGAUCGUCCUGUCAAAGCAUUCAAUGUCUACACUGAUCGGUCGAAACCGCAACCUACCGCACGCCCUGUGGCUAACACUACCAUGAAGCGAGCAUCCCCUCAUAAGCGGCCUUCAGAUUCGGAUGGUGGCAGCCGACCGACCAAGAUUACUCGUCCUGAGAUCCCUCGGCCGGCACUGAUUCCUCGGUCGGCCAAACCAGCACAACCAACUCUGCCCUCGAUGUCAGCGGAUCAAAUCGAAGCCAUGGUGGAGAAAAAGGUUAGUGAAAUACUCGCCUCCCGUACGCAAGCUGCUCCGGAACCGCCCGAGAUCAACGAAGCCGUUCAAAAACGGUUGGAAGCUUUAGAGAAGCGUAUUGAGGACGGACGCCACGACGACUCGCGCUCGGAGGGUUUGCGUUUCUUGCUCAUGGCACGGCAGCACAAGGAGCGUGGUGAGGAUGCCAGCGCUCUUAAGAUGUAUGAGAUGGCAUUGCCUUACUUCCCGGGCCAAGCCAGACUUCUCGGGAAGAUCGAGAAGCUCAAAGCUAAGCUGGAAGCGAAGCGUGGUGGUCGUGAAGCGUCUCCCAGUGAAAUGGGAAGCGAAUUCAUCGAUAGUCCAUCCAAGAGAAAGUAUAAGAAGCCCGUCCGACAGGUCGAGGAAGAUGACUACAACGGCGCAGAGGCAGAUGAUGACGAUGAAGACUUCAUGGGCAAGAACCGUAAGAAGGGUAAGAAGUCUAAGGCUGCGAAGGCAUCCAGUGUAGAGCCUUCGGCAAUAGAAGAGGGACCGACAUCGCAGAGCUUACUAGAUAUCGUCAACUCUCGAGAUGCGUCCUUAAUCAUGAGUUUGCAGGGCUUUGGUCCAAAGAAAGCUCGAGACUUGGUGGAUUACUUAGACUUGCUUCCGGUAGAAAAUGGGCGUAUCGAUUCUUUGGCGCAGCUCAGAGCGGUGCCUGGGAUGGGAGGACGUGCGGUAGAUCGGGCGUACGAGGGCUUACUUGUUGCUGCUGGUCGUGGUUGAGAUGGGUGGAUUACAUGUUUCUUUUCAUUUUUCUCUACCUUCUAGCUUUUCUUCACUUUACAGGCUGCAUAGGCUGCAUGCAUGCAUUGGCUGGAGGGUUUUCUUCUUGGUCGUCCUGGUUUGGACUGGACUCAACCGAAAUUGCAUUGGCGUGGCGUUAUAGGAUAGGGUAUAAGUGAGGUUAGCAUUUUCAAGGGUUUUAAAUACACAUUCAAUUACUGUUCUACGGGAUGGUGCUUUUAUUUGCGCCGUGGGUUUUAAGUAAGGGAGUUUUAAGAUAUCCAGGUUGGUUUGAGUUAUAAAUAUUUAAUAAAAUUUAGGUGAUAAUUCAUUUUUUUAGUGAGUAGUUUAAUUGUAGUAAACAAUGCUCUUGGAGGAAUGUCAUGAAGUUGGAC